GUAGACUUUCACCAUGACAAUCCCUGCUGGUGUUGAUAAAGACGACCUGCAGUAUGGGUACAUCCCGACUCUGUGGAUCUGUGCUCUUUUUGUCGCUCUGUAUUCACUCUCAACCAUAAUUCACCUUGGACAGGCUAUCCGCUUCAGAUUAUGGUGGCUACUUCCAACCGUUGUACUCGCUGGAAUAGGCGAGAUCAUUGGAUGGGCAGGACGCCUGUGGUCGAGCAAGACAUUCCUUGGGAACGCACAGGAUCCGUUCUUAAUGCAAAUAUGCGCGACCAUCAUUUCUCCGACGCCACUUCUAGCAGCGAACUUUGUCAUACUCGGAAUACUUAUCGGCUAUCUGGGAGCGCAGUACAGUCGUUUGACUCCGAAGUGGUAUACUAUCAUUUUUUGCUCGGCUGACGUUGUCGCACUUGUUAUACAAGCAGUCGGAGGAGCAACUGCAUCAUCAGCGGCGGACGGAAGUGGAGACGCCACAACAGGCGGUAACAUCAUGCUUGGAGGAAUUGUCUUCCAGUUGAUCGCAAUCACAAUCUACAUUAUCCUCGGUAUUGAAUUCUUCUAUCGCUACCUUUCGGACAAGCCCAGGCGCCAAGAGGCUAUUGCAACACGUGGAUCUUUCGACCGCCGAAUUCAACUUAUGGUUAUCGGGCUUUCAUUCAGCACGUCGUGUUUAUUGAUUCGUGCUAUUUAUCGGACGAUUGAACUCGCGGAUGGAUGGAAUGGCCGGAUUAUCGAGACCGAAGUGUACUUCAAUGUAUUGGAUGGAGGCAUGAUCGUGCUUGCCAUCUACACUAUGAACUUCUUCCACCCUGGCUUCUUACUAGCACAUAUUAAUGACCGCAGGCCACCUGCUAAAGGCAGCCAAAGGAGUUCGGAGGACGAUUUGGCACAGACGGAGUAUGCAACUCGUGCUUGGGAGAAGCAGAAAAAUGGAAGCAAUGCUGUGUAG